AUGGGUCAAUUUGACAAAGCUGAAGAUAUUUAUCAAGUUUUACUUGAUCAAACAAAGAAUGAUAAAGAUAAGGCACCUAUUGACGUUUAUCUUGGUAUGAUUAAAGUAGAUCCAGGAAAAUAUCAAGAAGCACUUACAUUCUAUGAAAAAUCACUUUCUGUCUUUCAAAAAACUCUUCCUUCCAAUCAUCCUGAUUUGGCUACGACCUAUAACAACAUUGCGCUUGAAAUUCAACAACAAUCACUUCCUUCCAAUCAUCCUGAUUUGGGUUCUUCCUACAACAUCAUUGGUUUGGUGCAGGAAGACAUGGUCGAUUACUCAGAAGCCUGUAAAUUUUACGAACGUGAGGGUGUGGGUUAG